CCCCGCCCUUGAAGUAUUGCCCAUAACAACGUUACUCUGAAGUGCCACCUUCUGCUCCACGGUAUCAUAAAUUGGUAACCACUGUUAUCUGUCCCCACUCCUCAAGACUGACACCAUGGUCAAACUCAGGGUUAAAUCAUCAGUUCAAAAGACUCCACGACUUACAACCCCAAUCCCCGCAAUAUCAUCAUCAAAAUUGAUGUCAACGUACACAGCACAGUAUGAUCUUGCGGGAAAUCUUUCUAUCUUCCACCUAUAUCAGGGAGAGUCGACCUGGGGUGUAUUCCGAUACUACCAAACAGGACCCUGCAUGCAAUGGGUCAAACAAGACACCGGAGUCCAAAUUCCGACCAGUCUUCCAAGGUUCUCGAUAAACGAUACGGGCUUCAUUUCCUCCACCGUGGCCGAGGAUGGAACUAUUUAUGUGGCAGUCGCUGGGGACUAUCUCUACGACGGGAUGCUGCGGUCCAUGGCCGUGAAUAUUCAAUGCGGUACUUUCCCGCCAAACAAUGUUGGGCCGCCAACCUGGGUAGGAGGCCUACAAUUUUAUCCAGCCUCCCAAGAUUACGCGGGGUGUACCAUGUCAUCCAUCGCCCUCUCGAUGGUACCCCUGGGACCUGAUGCACAACAGCCCCAGGUCUGUGCCGCAAUCACCAAGGUUGUCAGAACCAGUGAUGUUGACACAGGCGCGCCAGCUCCGUGCAUCUUUGUCUGGAACCCCAUUUCCAAUACCACAUUCGAAGCGUUCGGUGGCAAGGAGGAGGGAGACUUCACCCCCUUCCCCCCGGGGCCUGUGGCCCGCCAAGUGGUCGAUGCGUUCUAUGGCAAAUACCAAGACCCUCUGCGGGAUCCGACAUGCGCUCCUGUCUGGGGCUGGCACAGCCAUAUUGACCCUCCACAGCCGUCCCCUUCCGGUAGGACAUUAAGUCGCGAUGCUGAUGCUACCCAGGCAUUCAUACCGCGGCUGGGGGAGGCCGGUCCAAGUACACACCUCGCUGUGAAGAUGAAAGUUGUUUAUCUGGACGACAAGUUGAGGCCCAAACAAGGACUUUCGCCGCUCCUGUUUGCCAUUUCAAAGGACCCAAGAGUCGGAGACCCCGCGGCUGGCAAAGUUGUGUUCCUGCCGAAUACACAGUACGACAGUCAGUCGCCACCCGAGACGUUCACUGUUCUGUUUAACCACAACCUCUCUUCGCUCAGUCUUGAUAGCGGGGCGUUCAAAGCGACCUGGAUUGACGCGGUAGUUGAGGAUUUGUCGGAUCAUCCAAAUGGGGGCGUUCAGGGUACCAACUGGAGGGUGCAUGUAUUCGCUUUAUUCACUAACGCCGACGGUCGCUGUAAACUCAUGCACACAUGGAGCUUUCAGGCCGAAGGAGGAGGCGGUAGCGGCGUGGUGGAAAUCAGUCCCGGGGUUUUUGACAUACCAGAAGCAAAUUGGAGUUUGCCCGUGGUCAUUACAACCGACUUGCUGAAUGUUCCUUGCUCCCUCUCCAUGUUCGGCAACCUGUGCACGUUGACUGUCUUGAAUGGUGAUAGUUGCUUCACAACCUGGUCUCAACUUUGGGAUUCACCUACAACCCGGGGGGUAUGGACGAUGAAGACCGUGGCUGUGCCGAAUAUGGCCCCAACUGCAUCGGGACAAGCGAUGACUGAUACCGGAACCGAGAGUUGCUUCUAUCUUGAGCUAGCAGCAAUGGAUGAAUCACCUGACGGCCUGCACCAUAGCCCAAAACCGUACACCAUAGCGACAUUAGGUUCCGACUCUCAGAUGAAUUUCACUGCGAAUGGCAGAAAUGUGCAGUUAGGUCCGGGGUUGGAACCCGUCGUUCUAACGUUCAAUGCUGCAGGUCUGCUGGGAAUAGAAAUGCCGAUAGCGAUAGCUGGAUCAAAAGCACAAGCACUCUUUUCUUACCCGUUGAUGUUCCCACCCACAUUCUGGAUCGGAGUGGACGGAAUGGAUGGCAUCCAAAUCGAUUUGCUCUUAACCCCGUCAAGCCUAUUUGACACGCUGAUAUCGCCGAAGUUUGGCGUUGACAGUCUCCGGCAUGUCCAAAAGAGCCAACCACCAAGCGGAAUCCCAGGUUUGAAUCCGGAUUAUUUCAACGAUGAAGGGUCAACAUCGAGCAUGAUCUUAGGCCUCCAGCAGAUGAUAUCGAUUCUACUCCGGCCAAGAAAUCCACAACCCUUGGAGCAGGAGUAUCUCACGCGGAAGACCCAGUUCUCCCCAAAUGCCGCCGUCCGAUUGAAAUCUGACCCUUGCAAGAUAGAGCCAGCCACCAUGAACCCAGUAGCUUUCGAGAUGAACUUUGUCUUGAACUACUACAGGACCCAAAAGAACCCCGCCAAGGCAAUACUCAAGGCGACCUACUCCACUACCUUCGCGCCAAUCAUUGUGCAUUCGGCCGUGGAGCCAGCAUCCCCAGUGUCCGUUCUCUGCUGCGCAGACAUGAUUCAGAAUAUUGCCUCCGAAUCGCAAGGCUACAUUAGAUCGAUUGCGGUGGAUUGCAGAGGUCCGUCCAUGCUUGUUCGGGUAGUGUGGGCGCGGUACAGUCCGCUCGGCGCAUCUGACAGCGGUAUCGGUUGGGUAUCCGAAGUCAAGACGGCGCAUGAUUUCGGCUUACUUUUCUCUUUCUUGUUAUCGUACGCCGGUCUCUACGGGGAUACGAUUGCCACAUGGUUGAACGGCGCCACUUGGAUUGCUGAAGACCGGCCGGCUUUGCUCUCUGUGCUGAACUCGGUGCAGCCGCUCCUCAACCGGGCAGAGGUCAUGCUGAGUGAUUUCAGCAAAAACGUCCUGCCUCCUCUCGAUGCCAGCUUCUUCAAGAGCCUAUACGGGCCUAAUGGGGACGGAAUAACAAAGGUCUUCAACGAUCCGCAGACCCCAUACGGAUCGUAUAGUCCCCACACCGAUAAUAUGACACUCAAACCAGACGGCGAAUUAGGUGGGCUACCAGCAUGUGAGAUAUCGAAUCGACUUGUGCCUAGUUUCAGUUGGGUGUAUAAUCAAUUGUUUGAAAUUGACGAGGAAAUUGUACCGACAGUGGCGGGUAGAACUGCUGGCCCAACGAUCGCAAAGGUGCAAGACCUGCUUUUGGACAUCCACAACGACCUCGACGCCUUUUCCAAUGCCAACCUCUUUGAUAGCCUCUGCACGUUGUGGAAUACUUUUACAACCAAUUCGGCCUUCGAUAACACGCCGUGCACAUCGAUCUUCCCUCCGACAACGCCAGUAUUCUUGAACGCCGUCGAUUAUGCGCAAACACUUUCCAAGACCGUCACGAGCUUGGCUUCCGUCCUAGCAGAUGAUGAGAAGACUACCCUUCUCGGUCAACCCCUUCAAUCCCCAAGGCACAUUCUGCUCUAUCAAGCCUUGACGACCGAGGUGGGGAAGCCGGCCCCUGUUCCCACUCUUUCCGACUUUCUAGCUCUCAUCUUGACGAUCCCGAUAUAUGCCAUAGGCAACCUUCUGCCAGAAGACCACCCACCAGCCGACUGGGCCUUUAAAGAUGUUGGUCUACUUAGUCUUGCUGCUACAUACUACGGUCUCAAUGGGUUAAUGCUCCCCUCGUUCGGGAGCGCAGACGUAUCGCGGUCUUUUCUCUUCCUGGCAUUCACUGGAUUGUCAGUCACAUAUUUGGAAGAGGGCCCCCCAGAGCACCCUUCAGGCGAUCCGGAUCCAAUCAUACUACCGUACAUGGUACCAUGUCUGGAAGCUCAAUUCACCGUGUCGUAUCUGCAAGGCUGGCUUAUGACUUCAUCCGAACCGCUGCCCAUCACUCAGGCCGACAUGAGGUUUAUGCUCACGUAUCUGAACGGACUGGCCUCCUAUGCGCUGUACGCGUCCACCAUAUACAGUAUCCUGAAAUUAGGGAAUACGGUCGACGAGGCGCCCGAGGCGGAACGACUAGUCCAUGGCUACACUCUCUGGUCGGGCCUCGCCGGGAUAGGGAAUAUGCUUCAGAUGCCCGGUAUGAUCAAUCCGUCUAGAUCAGCCUCAGGCAAGGCUGCUCCACUUCGCGUCUCACUUUCAGCCAAUAUUGGUGAAGUUGCUUUUUGGGCGCGGUAUGUCGGAGCUGCCUGCGCGUUUCGGGCCAGGAAAGCAAGAGAGGUUGAUGCGCAGCAUCCCCAUUCGAAACCGCGGGCGGAAACAACUAGUGCAUCGUGGGGAAACGUUAACCCCUCACGUGUAAGUCAUCUGACAAGGGGGUUAUCCCUUAUGGCGCUUGGCAGGAGUCCGGAUGAGUAGUUGAUGUACGACCAAUGGGUCAUCUGCCCCUUCAUGUCAUCUAAUUUCAACUGCUGGGCUUGGAGCUUGCUAGAAACUAAUGCUAUCUGCUGUUCAACGGCAUUAGUUACUACAGCAAUUACG